AUGUGGGCCAAGAUAGCGGCGAGUGGAGAUCGGAACGGUGUGACAGAGAACGUUGUUCGAGACGCGGGGACGCGCGUUCGCGAGGGCGCGGUGAGCGCGGCGCAUGAGGCGAAGCCGAUGGCCGAGCGAGGACGACAGACGAGAGACGCGGGCAGGACGAGCACGCAGGGACGGCAGGCGAUGAGCGCGCGCGGGUAUAACGCGAGUGACGCGAUGAAUUCACACGCCCAUGGGGGCGCCAAGACGGGCGCGGACGAUCGAGAGCGUCGAGAUCGCGGUGGGGCGGUGGACUUGGACAGUUUAAUCGCACUCAUCGAGCAAGUCGAUCCAAGCGAGGUGGAACGCGUGCUGCGAGAAUCCGUCUUCAAACCAGGACCGCCCGCGUAUACGAGCGUGAUCAAGGCGUGUGGAAAGAUCGGGAUGUGGCAAAAAGCGCUCGAGGCGUAUCGAUUGAUGACGAUUCUACACAGAGCAAAGCCGAACACUAUUACGUGCUCGGCGCUCAUCAACGCUCUGGGUAGAUCAAGGCAGUGCGACAAGGCGUUCGAAAUUUUCGACGAGAUGAAGCAGCGAGGGAUUCCAGCGAAUAUUUUCACCUACAGCGCGCUCCUGAGCACGUGUGCAAAGGCGAAGCAGUACCAGAGAGCGAUGGACGUGUUCAACGACUUGGUUGAAAAUCAUCAGGAAAUUGAGGUGGAUCGAAUCACAUACAGCGCCGCAAUUUCGUGCUGUGUGCAAGGGCGGAGGGCAGAUAAGGCGAUCGAAAUUUUCAAUAGAAUGACCGCGGCCGGGAUUCGAGGGAAUACGAUCACUUUCAACACUGUGUUGAACGCGUGCGAGAAGUCUGGAGACGCGGAGCAAGCGGUGGCAACUUUUGAGCGCAUGCUCGAGGAGAAGGUAUCGGUCGAUAAGACCUCGUUUCACGCCCUCAUCGGUGCCUUGGAUCGUGCGAGGGAUCUUCCGAGGGCGAUCGAGUACUAUCGGAUGAUGAAAUCCAUGAGUGUGCGCCCAGAUGCGACGACGGUGUCAAACAUGUUGAACGCGUGCGCGAACGCAAAGGAUCCCGUUGCAGCGAUCAAGAUUUACAAGGAGGCUCAGGCGAAGUACGACAUUGCGGCUACGCCGGGGAUGUUCAAUGCGCUUAUCACGGCGUUGCACAAGGGUAAGCGACACGAUUUGGUUUACGAGCAACUCUACGAUUCAAUGUCCCAGAGUGCGCUCUCAGUGUCGACGUACGUGCACCUCAUGAUGGCGUGUGAGAGGUUUCAGAACUGGGCAAAAUCGUUCGAAAUCUUCGAAGAGUUUAAGAAACACUCACCCACGAGUGUUGAUCCGUUCAUGUGGACUCGUGUGUUCUUGUCGUGUGGACGGUUUGAUAGCGACGACCCUGUUUGGAAGAACGGGUGCAUCCCGGGAUACACCAGCCCGACGCUGGAGCACGCUCGAGCCACUCUGCGCGGACUUUGGUCGGAGUACAAGUUCAAAUUGAGAAAUAUAAAAGGAUGGGGUGCCGGUACGCGAGUAUUUGAUGCGGAAACGCCUGUACAAAACGGCGAUGAAGGGAUUCGCUUUGGUACUGUUCCCUCCAACACCGAUCUCGCCGGUAAAGAGGUGCAUUCGGAUGCGCCAGAUCAAGAUUUCUUCCAGAUGAUUAACGCAUACAGGUCGGCUGCGGCUGCAGCCGCACGAUGUUCCGAUCCGAACACUGUUUUAGACAUUCUCAACUUCUGCGAAGAGACCUCUGUGCCGAGCGAUUCAAUACUUUUGGGCGCGUACGUCGCCGCACUCGCCCUGAACGGCGACCGAAUCGGAGCGAACGAAAAGUUCAGAGAAAUGUUUGCGUUGGGACAUCAACCAGGUAUCGCGGUGUACGCCGCACUCGCGAGAGCGGCGGCUCGCGCCGGGGAUGCAAACACCGCUCUCCAUCUCGCGGAGGAAGUUGGGCACCUAGUUGGGAACUCCUCAGGAGACCGGGACAUGAUUGAAGCAGUUGUCGCGGCGUGUGAGGCUGGGGGUGACUGGGGUCGCGGAGCGAACCUGUUUGCGAUUUGGGCUAAAAACGGUGUCGAAGGGGCGGAUGGUGAGCUCCGUCGAGCAGCUGCCGCGUGCAGUGGACAAGAUCCUGGGCCAACUCGAAGAGGUUCGACGUACUUUCGCGCACGGCCUUCCACACCAGCGCACAAACCUACGGCGCUCACCGCCCAAGUCGAGCCAUUUGUACCGACUCGACGCGUGAGUCAGAACAGAUCACGUACGCAAAGCAUGUCUGACGAAGGAGGAACAGCUGCGAUGACGCCAGAAGCGUAG